AUGCGUGGCGCGGCAUCGCGCGGCGCGACGUGCGCCGCAACGUAUUUGGCUAUAUUUUUGGGCUUGCGGUCGCAGACCCGCCGCGGCCGCCGAGCCCGCCGCGCCCUAUGGCGCGCGGCGGCGGCGGGGGCGGCGAGGGCGGCGAGGGCGGCAGUGGCGGCAGGGGCGCCGCGGAGAGCGACGACUCGGACAGGGCGCCAAGCCCCCGCGCGCGGGCGCGUCGGCGACGGCGGCGACGGCAGCGCCGAAGCCGCGGCCAGCGCCAGCGCCGCCUGGAACUCAGCCGCGCCGCUGCCAGCGCCGCGAACGCUAGCCAAGGCGUUUCGCGCGACGCCAGCCGCAGCGCUACCAGCGGCAGCAGCAGCGCCACGCCGCAGCGGCGCCGGCAGCAGCGGCGUCACCGCCGCCGCCAGCCGCCAAGAGCCCCAAGCCAGUCCACUAGGCAAGCGGCGCCAGCCGCAGCGGCAGGAGCAGCGGCAGCAGCCGCAGCGGCACCGGCAGCAGCUGCAGCGGCAUCAGCGGCAGUACCGCCACCAGCUGCAUCGGCGCCAACCGCAGCAGCAUCAGCCGCAGCGGCAACAGCAGCAGUAG